GCCGUCUCCCGCGUGCAGGUUUGGACAUUCCUGCUGCGCGGCUCUGAGCGCCACUCUCGGCGGCUGCGGUCCCGGCUCAGGUGGCAGGUCGCCUCCUAGUGCGCCGGUGACUCCUCGCUCGCGCCCUCGGCGCUGCCGGCUGCUCCGGGCCCGCCGGGGCUCCAGCCCGCGCCCUCCUGCGCGGCUGCGGGCGCCCGCCCGGCCGUGGGAUGCUAGCGGUGGGGGCGAUGGAGGGCACCCGGCAGAGCGCGUUCCUGCUCAGCAGCCCGCCCCUGGCCGCCCUGCACAGCAUGGCCGAGAUGAAGACCCCGCUGUACCCCGCCGCCUACCCCCCUCUACCUGCCGGGCCCCCCUCCUCCUCGUCCUCGUCGUCGUCCUCGUCGUCGCCCUCCCCGCCUCUGGGUGCGCACAACCCGGGCGGCCUGAAGCCCCCGGCCGCGGGGGGUCUCUCGUCCCUGGGCAGCCCCCCGCAACAGCUCUCGGCCGCCACCCCGCACGGCAUCAACGACAUCCUGAGCCGGCCCUCCAUGCCCGUGGCCGCAGGGGCCGCCCUGCCCUCCGCCUCGCCCUCCGGUUCCUCCUCCUCCUCUUCCUCGUCCGCCUCUGCCUCCUCCGCCUCUGCCGCCGCCGCCGCUGCUGCAGCGGCCGCGGCCGCCGCCUCGUCCCCGGCGGGGCUGCUGGCCGGCCUGCCCCGCUUCAGCAGCCUGAGCCCGCCGCCGCCGCCGCCCGGGCUCUACUUCAGCCCCAGCGCCGCGGCCGUGGCCGCCGUGGGCCGGUACCCCAAGCCGCUGGCCGAGCUGCCCGGCCGGACGCCCAUCUUCUGGCCCGGAGUGAUGCAGAGCCCGCCCUGGAGGGACGCGCGCCUGGCCUGCGCCCCCCAUCAAGGGUCCAUUCUGUUGGACAAAGACGGGAAGAGAAAACACACGAGACCCACGUUCUCCGGCCAGCAGAUCUUCGCUCUGGAGAAGACUUUCGAGCAAACGAAAUACUUGGCGGGGCCCGAGAGGGCUCGCUUGGCCUAUUCGCUGGGGAUGACGGAGAGUCAGGUCAAGGUCUGGUUCCAGAACCGCCGGACCAAGUGGAGGAAGAAGCACGCGGCCGAGAUGGCCACGGCCAAGAAGAAGCAGGACUCCGAGACCGAGCGGCUCAAGGGGGCCUCGGAGAACGAGGAGGAGGACGACGACUACAACAAGCCUCUGGACCCCAACUCGGACGACGAGAAAAUCACGCAGCUGCUGAAGAAGCACAAGUCCGGCGGCGGCGGCGGCGGCGGCCUCCUGCUGCACGCGGCGGAGGCCGAGAGCUCGUCCUGAGCGCC